UACUCUUUGAAGUCAUUGGGGAAUUUUCUUUAAAUUGUGUACUGUUUGCUUCUGCUUAGAAAUGUUCUUCACUUUAGAAUUUUCAUUGUUUCGGCACUGGGAGUUAUUUAUAAAUUGCUGAAUAUGCAAUUCUGUGGGAUCUGAAAAAAUAGCUCCGGGAGAUAAAUGCCUUUGCACAGAUAUCUGUAUGAGUAAAAACUAUUGCAAGGUACUUAUGCUAAAUCCUCCACUUCUUCAGGGCUUGAGUGGUGUCAUUAUAGAAGAUUCCUUUAAAUCCUGUCUAUGGUUAAGGGCUAUAGGGCAUGGAUAUGAACUUUUGGAUUUUUUUUGCAGGUGCAGAUGUUUUAUUUUUAAGACCAUGUUCAUGUGUAUGUAGGACUGUGUGUGUGGUGUGUGUGUGUGUGUGUGUGUGUAACUUGCCAGGACUUUUGAUUACAAGGCAUGCCACAUACAAAGAGUUACGUUUUAAAUGAUAUUAAAGCUUUUAAAUAUGAUCUUUGGAGCUAAGGUCCCGGAACUCUCUGCACUUAUGCCCAGAGAGUCAAAGUUAGAGUGAAGUUUCAUUUGCUCUUCUGAAAAAGAACUCCUUAAGAACUCCUGCUGACCUUGCAUAUUCGGAUAAUUUAAACAAAUGCACACUGUAUAUGGAAAGCGGAAACUUUCUAGCAACUGCUAUUCCAAGUUUUUUCUUUUGAAGAGGACUCUCAGGGGCGAAGUUUGGACUUGGGGUUUUGUGUUGUAAAACGCAGAUUUUGUAUUUGGGAUUGUAAAGUCUCUUUAGGUAAAUUUGGCUAGUGUUGUCAAUGCACUGACUUCGCCUUUCCAAUAACUGGCCCUAGUUCAAGUUUCCAUUCUCAGCAAAAUUAUAUCUUUCAAGACUUGUAUUUUUCCAAUUUGCAAGCAUUUUUAAGCUGCUGUCACUGGCUCCCCGAUGCAAUUGCCUGUGGACUCAAUUCAUGAUACGUCCCUACCGCUUAGUCCAGCACUAGUUUGCCGCUUUCAAGUACUCCACCGCUACGACUUUUCUUAGUCAAGUCAGUGGCUUAGGAGUUAAGAAUACAUCCUUGUCGGGCACCUGAUCCUGCCGCCCUUGAGAUGCCAAGAUGCACACUGGCUACCUUGCUUUUAAAAGAAAUGAAGUCAGUAUACACAUAUGCUAUAUGGUCUGACAGCUGGGGAUUUUGUCUCCCUACUUAGACGAUCCUAAAAGGGGCUGUGUAGUGUUAUCUCUGCAUUAAUUACAAGUUUGGAAAACUCCAAAUGAACUUUCCAUGCUGUGUAUGCUGAACUUUUCAGAAGUAGAGCUAGCUAGCCAUGAGUUGUUGCUUUUUCCUGUACUUGGAGCAGGAAGUGGUUUAAGGGAGCUACGUGGUUCUUUCAAAUGUAAUUCAAUGAGUAAAGGUGUCUGCCAGGCAGAGCUCACAAGCUGAUUGUACUGUGAGUCUCAAGAUAUUUCCAAGUGUUUGAGUCAGAGGGAAGAGGGCACAGGGGAGGACUGGAGUUUCGGCCCCUGUCCAGGACGGCUACAAUAGGCACACGAUGGAAAUCGGUGGCUUGAUUGGGAAGAAAAGAUUGACUCAAAUCCCAGCCGUGCAAUUUGUUUAUUGUCUGAAUGGACAAAAGGCAGUUUACCCAGGCUCAUAGCAUACCUGCCUGGGUGUCCAAAUGUAACUAGAUGCUUUCACAAACCCCACCCACAAAGCAGCACAUGUUUUUAAGUCCUCAGUUUUCUAUUCACAUCAGUCUCAUAAUACCCACCCUGACCUGCUGUAAAAGAUCUGGAACAAACAAAAAUGGUUACACCUACACAGGUGAAGAUGCCCAUCACGUCCUCCUCGCAUCUCUUCUAUCUGGCUCUGUGCUUGCUCGCCUUCACCAGCUCUGCCACGGCGGGACCUGAGACCCUCUGCGGGGCUGAGUUGGUGGAUGCUCUCCAGUUCGUGUGCGGAGACAGGGGCUUUUAUUUCAACAAGCCCACGGGGUACGGCUCGAGCAGUCGGAGGGCGCCCCAGACAGGAAUCGUGGAUGAGUGCUGCUUCCGGAGCUGUGAUCUGAGGAGGCUGGAGAUGUACUGCGCGCCUCUCAAGCCCGCCAAGUCGGCCCGCUCAGUCCGUGCCCAGCGCCACACCGACAUGCCCAAGGCUCAGAAGUAUCAGCCCCCAUCUACCAACAAGAAAAUGAAGUCUCAGAGGAGAAGGAAAGGUGGGCCAAAGAAACACCCAGGAGGGGAACAGAAGGAGGGGACGGAAGCAAGUCAGCAGAUGAAAGGGAAGAUGAAAGAGCAGAGGAGAGAGACUGGAGCUAGAAACUGAACACAGGCAAGAAAGGAACACGGAGGAAAGAAAGACUAAGACAGAGGUGAGGAGGCCAAGAGAGAAGCAGACAGCAAGAGAGGAAAUGGGAGAUGCCAUAAAAGAAAUGAAGAAAAGUAGGCCAGCUGGAGCUAGAGAACGCAUGGGACAGAAGGGGGAGAAGAAACCUGUUGUAGGAAGUGGCCGAUAAACAUGGAGAAAGGGAAAAGUAACAUAUAAUGCCUGAGAAAAUCCAAAUAAAGACAGUGGCAAGAAUGAAAACAUGAACAAAAAUUACAAAAGAGGGAAAUAAAGCAAUAUUCCCUUCCCCAUGGAAAAACAAGAAUUAAAAUAAAAAUCAAGGUUUUUGUAUGUAUUUUAAUUUUUUCUGUGAAUUUUACAAGAAUUUCCAUGUCAAUAAAUGCCUGGAGUUAAAUAUUAGCCCCAAAUUUUCAGCAAGACUGAAUUGUCAUAAACAUUCCCAGAUUUCCUUCCCUACAGUGUGACUGGAGGCUGCAUUUCUCAGUCAAGCUUGGGCCAAAGGGCACCCAGUAUUUGCCUAAAGGCCCAUGAGGCCUGAGAGCUUCCCUAGGAAAGGAGGGCACUGAACUUUGUGCAUGUGCACUUUGGAAUCAGAUAUAAAAGAUGUAUUAAUGUGCUAGGGCUGCCAGAAUAAAGUACCACACCACGGACUAGGUGGCUUACACAACAGAAAUUCGUUUUCACACAUUCCUGGAGGCGGGAGGGCCAAAGUCGGAGUAUUGGCAGGAUCAGUUCCUUCUGGGAGCUGUGAGCGAAGGAUCUGUUUCAGGUCUCUUUCCUCCACUUGGAAUUGGCCUUCUUUUCCCUGUGUUUUCACAUCAUCUUCCCUCUGGACAAAUCUCUGUGCCCAGAUUUCCUCUUCUUAUAAGGACACUAGUUGCUGCUGCUGCUAAGUCACACACUAGUUAUAUUGCAUUAAAAUAUGAUCUGCUAAGUCGCUUCAGUCGUGUCCGACUCUGUGCGACCCCAUAGACGGCAGUCCGCCAGGCUCCCCCCAGUCCCUGGGAUUCUCCAGGCAAGAACACUGGAGUGGGUUGCCAUUUCAUCAUGAUCUUAUUUUCACUUAAAUUAUCUGUGUAAAGACCCCAUCUCCAAAUACAGUAACAUUCUGAGGUACUAGGGGUUAGGACUUCAACUUGUGAAUUUGGGGCGGGGGCGGGACACAAGUCAGCCCUAAACCAAAGACUUCUGAUGUCUGACUACUGCCCUAUGAUUCCAUCACCUAUAAACUUCUCUCUCUCAUGCAUGCACCCCCUCACCCCUCACCCCCCACCCUCCUAGAUAUUUAGACCUGAAAUCCUAUGAGUUUAUGUUCCAUGAAAUACCAGGACCAUGCUAUGUUAGGGCUGCAAAAGGACUCAAAUCAUUUGCUUCAGUCCCUCCAUUUUAAAGAUAAGGAUACUGAGAUCUAGAAUUGGCUGAAGGAUGGCUGAAAUGGCUGAAAAUGGCUUGGUUUCUAAGCCACACCCUCUUUCUGGCCAGCAGAGAACAGCACAAAAUCAACAUGGACUAAGAAAGAAUUCCAAAAGGCAAAGAUGGGAGCGAAUGAGAACAAAAGCACUCAAUUUUCUUGAGGGUAAAGAAACGCCAGGUAGAAUCACAGAAUUUGAGUCUUAAAGAUUUUCCUCCUUCAGUUUCCUUGAUUUAAGCAGUAGGGUUAGUAUCUUCAUAGAUAAUAAAGCAAAAAGUCUCAAGAUCAUUCAAAUUGUGAAUUAUAAGAGCUAAGGGAGGAUGCAAGAGAGAAGUGCUCAGCUAAGCAAAUGACAACACAGGGUAAGAAGAUGAUAAACCAAGGAGUGAAGCAUUUCAUCCAAAGAGCCCACUUUGAAGAUGUCAAAGUAUAAAGGAACAUCCUUUCUACUUGUCCUUCAUGCCCCAGCCAUUCUUUCUACUUCAGGAUCAUCCUUUGUCCAUGGUUCACUGAAAACCCAGGAUAUAUGAUAUAUAGAUAUGCCCAAGUCUCAAGCCAGGAGGAAAAAGUUUGAUCACGAGCUUGUCAGAGUAUCGUAUGAGAGCCAAGACACUGCUGUUAUGGUUGCAAAGUGGGUCCUGGCUUAUCAGAACAGAUAAAAGCCAGGCUGGAGCCUGAGCCCAUCUGGCCAGCCAACUUCUUCAGGAGACUUCCAGUUCUUCUGUUAAUACAUCUAUGGUUUGGAACCAGCCUCAAGCAUAAGCCAACACCUACUGUUUCUACCACCUGAGAGUAACCUGCAAACUGAGAUGGCUUUUCAAGGGACCACAGUUUGGCAGAAAAGUAACAGUCCGUGUCCUGUGGGAUUUCUUAGAGGAUUAUCCCUUCCCUUUUUCAUUGAUGAUCGGAUCAAUGCCAUUAUAACACAGGGAUAAAUGACAAUUAGACCCAAUAAUGAACUUCAUUCAAGAAAAAAGGCAAAGACUUUAAAAGGAAAAGAAAGCAAUAGAACUUCCCAGUUAAAGAAUGCUUCACCUUCAGACUAUUAGUUAAAACCCUGCUUCCUUGGUGGCUCAGACAGUAAAACAUCUGCUUGCAUUGCGGGAGACUGGGUUCGAUCCCUGGGUCAGGAAGAUCCCCUGGACAAGGAAAUGGCAACCCACUCCAGUACUCUUGCCUGGAAAAUUCCAAGGAUGGAGGAGUCUGGUGGGCUACAGUCCAUGGGGCUGCAAAGAGUCGGACACAACUGAGCGACUUCACUUUCUUUCUUUUUUUUGCAGUGGGUUAUAUUAACUCUAAAGCAGUCAUCUUGAAUGCCUACAUGUGAUUUCUAAAUAACAUAAAUUAAGUAAACAGAAAGAAUCUAUUGCUGUCUUUCAUCCCUUCUACUAUUAAAAUAAGCACUAGUGAUACAUGGCACAUAAUGAUGAAUGAAAGGAUGGAUGGACAAAUGAGUGAGAUAGGGAGGGGAAGAGUGGUAGGGAAAUAGACCAUAAAAGUUAAGUAGCACUGUGUAUGUGUUAGAUGCUCAGUCAUGUCUGACUCUUAGCAAACCCGCGGACUGUAGCCCACCAGGCUCCUCUGUCCAUGGAAUUCUCCAGGCAAGAAUACUGCAGUGGGUAGCCAUUCCCUUCUCCAGGGGGAUCUUCCCAACCCAGGGAUGAAUCCUAGGGUUCUUGCAUUGCAGGUGGAUUCUUUACUGUCUGAGCCACCAGGGAAGCACUGCUGAGAUGAAAUAAUUCCUCUUGUCCUUGCCUAAGACAGAGAUGCAAGUGCAGAGUCAAAGAGGGAAGGCGGAGGUGUUGUGCUUGCACAGGUUUUGCGUGUUUGGAAUUUCCUAUCCUCCAGCCAAAAUUGAAUUCAUUCAAGGACUUACUGCUAAAGGUGGAAACCAGUUGAGUACUUUAUACUGAAUGUUAUGUUCCCUAUUCUUCCCCUCAAUGCUUUCUUGAAGUAGGCAGAGUAUUCAUAAUAAUUUAAAAGCCCUCUGUUUCAACUGUUUCUUUUAGGGGAAAUUGAUGAUUGUGUGUAAAACUAAAAGGAAUAUGUAAGGACUCAUGAUCCUUAAAUUGUUGAAACAUAUUUUUACUGAGUACCCACGAUAUGUAAACCUCUGUACAUGAAGGAGAAUGAUAAAGAUAGGAGAGGCAAUAAAACAUAGUGGUUAAGAGCACAGACUCUAGACUCAGACUGCCUGGUUUCAGACCCUGGCUAUCUCACUUAAUAGCUGCAUGUCCUUGGGAAAAUAAUGUAAUUUACCUGUACCUCAGAUUCCUCAUCUGCCAAAUGGGAGUAAUAAUUGAAUCUACCUCAUAAGAGUUGUGAGGAUUUAUUGAGAUUGUGUGUACGUGUACAAAUAUAAAUUAUAGUAUUUAAAAUGGUACCUGGCAAAUAGUAAGCACUAUUAAAGUUUUAGUUGAUAUUAUUUUUCUUAGUUUUUAAAAUUAGAGCCAUCUGAAAAAGAAAUAGGUCUCACCAAGUGGAAGUGAGUCCCCUAUCACCAAAAACUUCAAGCUUAAGCUUACCAACACUUUCCAGUGAUGUGGUAGUGUCUUUCAAGCACAUGAUAAGAGAAAGAGAAUUCAGUGACCUAAGACCCCUUCCAACCCAGAGAACCCCAGUUCUAUGAAUGAUUCCGACUUCAGUGGAAGCUCGACUGUCCUGUAUGAGGAACUGUUGACUUUUAUUUUGAGGUUGUAGAAAAGAACUUUCAGAAAACCACCAUGUUUCUCAACCAGUUAAAAUCAAAUGUAAUAUGUGUUUUCAUUUCACAGUGCCUGAGGAAAAUUUAAUUGUAGCAUGAACUCCAGCCCUUACUAGUUUAAAGUAAUAUUGCCAAAAUAAAUAAAAAUGUGGGAUAUUUCCGGGCUCACACAGCUUCCGGGACAUUUCAGUUUCUAGGGCUGCCGAUUCAGUGCCUCUCACAAGCAUUUGAUCUUCUUUCAAACAUCUCUUGAAAACAAACAAAACCUCAUACAGCUUCUCGUGUGCGUGCUGUUAGGAUGUAAGGGUGGAAAAGGAGGCAGAGAAAGCAGCUCCGGGAGAGCCCCUCCUCCCACUUCCCUCCAACUCCUGACCCUCUCCCUCCCACCACUCACCGACAGGAAACAGUGUUUUCCUAACUAAUAAGGCUUGCCAUUUCUCAAGUCCACUUACACACCAUGGAGGAAGAUGAAGUCUGUUCUCUUUGCUUGCCUGUAUGAAGGGAAUAGGGCUUUGAGCAAUGUUUAUCAGAUAACAGAGAGCUGACUUUUAAUCCAGGACAAAACUGAUAGUCUAGAGGUAAAGUGGAAGCCUUUUGCUGACAACGAAAAGAUAAAUCAUUUACAGUGAUCUGUGGUGACCUAAAUGGGAAGGAAAUCUAAAAGAGAGGGGAUAUAUGCAUACAUAUAGCUGAUUCACUUGGCUGUACAGUAGAAAAAUAAUUAUAAAAAAUAAAAAUAAAGAUAAAUUGUUUUAAAAGAAGCAGAGUGCCUUUAUGAGUUUUUAAAUAUCCACUAUAGAAUUCGCCAGUGAUUGAAAGCCCAGCUCCUGAAUCCUUUGAAAAUCAGUGAUAAUAUGUAUUGGCCUAGGCAAGAUAAGUCUAUUUUUAAAGAAAGACCAGGCAAGGUUAGGAGAAGUUUUUCAGUGGCCAUUAAAUUUACAGAUCUGCAAGGUCAAAAUCAGUUUUUUCAUCCUCAGAGCUCUAACUGAAAUCUGAGUACCAUUCCCUGAUACUCAUCUAUUUAGGACUCCUUCUUUAAUGGGACUGCUUUAACCCCCUUAAGGGGGGCUUCCCUGGUGGCUCAGAUGGUAAAGAAUCUGCCUGCAAUACAGGAGACCUAGGUUUGAUCCCUGGGUCAGGAAGAUCCCCUGGAGGAGAGCAUGGCAACCCACUCCAGUAUUCUUGCCUGCAGAAUUCCAUGGACAGAGGAGCUGGUGGGCUACAGUCCAUGGGGUCACAAAGAGUCUGACGCAAUUGAGUGACUAACACUUUCAUACCCUUAGGACCACCUUGUUUUUAUCUUGCAACCAAAAGAGAUGGUUUAGAAAUAUAGACUUACAUUUAAACUCAAAUAGAGAGAAAUGGAAAUUGAGAACAGCAAGGAAAUUAUGAGAGAUGUGGGACAAUGGGCAUAUGAGCUCAUGUCUGGUACUAAUAGAGAGCAGCAAAGAAACUUCUCACCACACUAGGAACUCAAUCAUACCUCAAUGGGCUACUCCUCCAUCAGUAAUAAGAGCUAGAAAACAUUUCCAAACAUUCCCAUCUAUUUUAUUCACUGAUGAGAUUAUAGUUUUAAGAUCCAUUUGGUCAGAAAACUAAGUCUUUUGAAAAAGUGGAGGUUUGAUAGAAAUAAGAAUGCUGAAGGUCCAUCCAGCUUUAAUUCCAAAUAUCCUUGGUGGUAACUUACAAUCUGUUGUUAACUACAGCAAAUAGUUUUGGGAGAAAGAAGAUUAUUUUCUCUUCUUUACUUUGUGUGUGUGUGUGUGUGUGUGUGUGUGUGCACACACAGUGGGAUUCACAUGCCAGAAUUUCUUACAAAAUUCUCUGUAAAAUAUAUAAACAUUCACAUGGAGCUUUCUGUCUGGCCAGCUCCAAGAGGUCAUGUAAUCAAAGACCAGCCAGCUCUGCCAUCCAUGAAAAUAUGAUGUGGUAUUUUCACAGCUGUAGAUGACAAUUAUGGCAAGACAAAAAUUCUAAAUGAUUAGGAGUAAGACCAUGGCAGGUUGAGGGUUAGAUAAAGAAUCCUAUUGUAGACUUGAGAAUAUGUAAUAUUUAUGUCACAGUCUGAGUGUGGCAAACUUGAAUCAUUCAUGAGGCAUUGGAGGACUAGAGAAAAGUGAAAAAUAUAAAAGGAAUCAAUAAGUACACAGCAUUAUUUUGUCAGUAUUGAUUGACCAAGGCCACUACUGGAUGCUCUGGUUUGUCUCUGUCAAUAAUGAUACUUGUUUCCUUCUUCAAAGAACACUAGGAUGGAAGUAAAAGUACUUUGGGCACAAUUCUGAUUGUUUUUUAAACUGUAUACACACAUGAAUUGUUCUUGUGCCGUUUUCUGUCUUGGAAAAGCACUGGCUGGCACCAUGCGUGUUUACUUUUAUAUGCUGAAGACUCACGUCAAUCUCAAACAGAUGCAAAUCACUUUAACUUGUCGUAGUGUUAUUUUGUUCAUCCUAAAAGUUCAGAAAAGCCUUCCAAACUUGCAAAAUUUCUCUCAAUUCAGAGGAGGAAAAUUCAGAACACAGUAUUUGAAUGUUCUGCCCAGAUGUGUCACACACAUGAAGCAUGAGUGAAAGAGGGUAACACCCUUUCCUACUAAUCUCUGAACUCAUCACUAUUGCAUUGAAAUGAUACCAAAAGGUAACAACCCUGAGCCCCACAUGCCCCCAGAACAUUGGAAUAUAAAUUACUGCAUACGUGAGUGUAAGGACUCCAACGUAUGUUUUAUGUCAGAUGAAACAAUGCUAUUUUGGAGGCUAAAGAGAAAAAAAUAAUCAAAUCCAGUUUUUAGGUAAAAAUAUGCCGAAUCUUUAGCACAUAGCAGUGAAAUUGCUAGAGUCUGGUGUUUCACUUUUUUAAAUACCACAACGGUUGAACCUUUCAGCAAUUCCAAAAUCAACUCCCUCUGGGAAAGAUAGUGUGCUUAAAGUGUAGUUGUUUUUGUUUGUUUGUUUUUUAAUUUAAAAAUGUAACACAAAAAGCUAACAAAACAGGCUGCCCAUAAAAUCAACAGCCUAAGCAGCCCUGGAGUAUUUUACAACAUCCUUGAAGACUAUUAAAGGCAACAUAAAUAACUCUUGCCAGUAAGGGAAAAUACCCUUCAGCUUUUUUUUCCCUUUCCUUUUUCUUUUUUCAGGCUUUUAAACCAUUUUGGUAGUGAUUUGUUACAUCACAGACAAAAAUACUUCAAACAGAGUCAGGUGGUAUCCUUUGAAAAGUAAGGAAUUGCCAAGACAGGAUAAUCUGUGAAUAAUUAUAGGAUAAACACAUUCCCUAAACUGGGGGAUUCCUAGGGAUGGACCUGUCACUAGAAACAAGAGUUAUGCGUCUUCUAGUGUAGCAGUCAAGGGCGCCCUGGGCACCCAGUAAGUAACUAUUACCCCCCCAGUCAGAGAAAGGGCAGUACUCAAGCAUGGGGUGUGCUUGCCCAACAGCAACUAUUUCUAAAAAGGCAAUAGUAAUAGCUGUUUUUUAUUAGGCACGUGCCCUGAGGUAAAGGCUGUCGCAAAUCACCUCCUUAAUCUUCACCAUUAGCCUGAAGGGUAAAUGUUAUAAUUAUGCCCUCUCCCCCACUGUACAAUUAGAAAACCUGGACUAAGGGGGCUAAAUGUCUUGCCAAGGUCUUGCCCUAACAAGUGGUCAGACCAGAAUCCAAACUCAAGAUGGACUCCAGCAUGUGAACUAUGCACUGUGCUCUCUCUUCAUUUCUUCACUGAUAUUUACUGUACUGCAAUCUGCCCGCUGUAAGUUCCCAGACAGGACAGGGGCUCUGUGCACAGCAAGAAGUAGGAAGCCAUGUAAGGCUUGCUGUUAACCUGAACUCUAUUCCACCACUCCUGCAGGAAAUGCAAAUCAAUUUAACAAGCAUUUCCUGGUUCGCCACUUGGCUUACACAUCCAAGGAGGAGAUAGAGGUGAAGGGACUAUGCUACCUGCCCUCAAGGAGUUUACUUUUUAGUGGGAAAGCAAACACUUAGAUAAUUUAUUCCACAACAAAGGCAGACCCAGAGUGGAUUCUGACAGCACAGAAGCCAGAACAGACAGCUGUUGCCAUCAAGUUCACAAACAAGAGCUAAACCAAGGGCCUUUGAAACAGCUGGCUCUCUUGCACACAGCUACGGUAGGUAGAUGUGUAAGGGUGAUCACAUGUAAUCAUCACAACAUUAUGAGGUGGGUGCUCUUACUCCCCUCUUUCAUUUUACAGAACAGGAAACUGAGAAGGCGAGGACAACAUAACAAUUGCCAAAGGUCACACAGUUCUGUGUUGGAAGCUGGGAUCCAAGCUAGGUGUAUAAAUCCAGGUUCUCUGAGAAAUGUAUAUGAUACUGGGUUAAAGGAGCAAGGAUUUGAUGAGGGGAAAUACCCAUGUGAAAAGCAAUAGGAGAGGAUCAGGGAAGCCUGAGCAAGCCAGCAGAAUGCAAGUGCAAGUCUGACCUCAGUGAAACUGAGGAGGAGAGAUGACUGGGGAGAAGCAUCCUAGAUGGCUGUACCAUCUAAAGAAAAGUCAGCAAAGCCACUGAGGAGUCCUUGAGCCAAAGAUGGCCAAUAAAGAAGUCUUGGGCUUCCCAGAAAUUGGGUCUGCCCUGAUGUCCCCACUACACUCUUGAGC